AUGGUGCCGGAACGGGGGAGUCCAGACACUUCUUACCGUAUUCGAAGUGAACUCUUGUUCAGAGAUGGCGAAAUUCGAUGCAGAACGCCUACCCACUCUUCCAACUGUACUCCACCGCAACAUAGCGUGCGUGUGACAUAUCCAUCUGACAUAGAUUUGACAAAUAUUCAGCGUGUAUCGAGCCCACCAGGUGCAAUUGCGGCAACACAGCAAUUGUGUGGUGGUGAUCUUCUCGUAUUUGGUGCGCUCAAAGCGGCUCAUAUACGCCCCACCACAAAAAAAAAUGCUGCCAAGUUUGGACGUUGUGAGGAGUGA